AUGUUCUUUCGUACCUUAGACGUAGAAAGUCGAUGUUCUGGCGGACUAUGGGCAAUUCAAAAUAUAACGAUUGGCUCAUUUACAAUAGCAUGGAGAUACAAUGAUACUGCGAAAACUGUUCAAUUUAUUGUUGAAGGUCAAGUGGUUCCUAGUAUUAAUCUUACGUCUACUUAUAUUGCAAUUGGUUGGUCGGACGCAGAAACUACAAUGAAUAAUAUGGAUGUUGCAAUUUUUUUUCCUGAAGUUCAAUUGACUCAAGAUAGAUAUAUUCGAGAAAGCGUGAUACCAAUACUUGAUAGUCAACAAGAUUUUUGUGUUAUUCAAACGAAUACAACUGGUCAACAUGUUUAUGUUACAUUCGAACGUAUGAUUACAACAGGAGAUGAUGAUGAUGAUAUUAAUUUUACGUCAGAUCUGUAUUUAAUGUUCUCCAUGGGCUCCUAUGCAAUAGUUAAUGAUACAAAUAUUUUUCAAUUACAACAACAUUUCUUUCGUAGACUACUUACAAUACGAGUCAACUUAAUGAAUUGUAUUUCAAUUGGUUGUCUAACGGCAAAUUGUUCAACAAAAUCAUGUUUAUGUUUACAAGAUGUCAUAUCAAAUGUUGGACAAUGUACGUGUUUUCCAUCGUCAUCAUCAUGUAUUUCAAAUUCAAAACUUCCUAUUUCAACAACAGCGAUUCCAUCAAUAUCUGCAAUUACACAGGGCUCUUGUGAAAGUCAAAUAAGUUCAUGUUCAUCGAACGGAAUUUGUCUUCAAAUAUCAUCAAGUCAUUUUCUCUGUCAAUGUAACCCGGAUUAUACGGGCGUACUUUGUCAAACAGCUAUAUUUUCACCUGAUAUAAAUAUUUUAAAUGCUUGUAAAUGUGUUAAUGGCGGCGUCUGUUUCGUCAAUGGAACUUGUUCAUGUUCAGAUCGUUAUCGAGGAAAACUUUGUCAAUUAGACAAUCCAUGCAAUGAUUAUUGUCAGAAUAAUGGUCUUUGCACAGUUGUUUGUACGGAUACAUCAUGUGAUACACCGAAAUGUACAUGUUUAAAUGGUUACAGUGAUAAUCAAUGUUCUACCGUCAUUACUGAUGCUUGUCAAUCAAAUCCUUGUGGUGCAAAUGGAAAUUGCACUAAGGGAAUAAUAGAUGGCCAAUAUGAAUGUCAAUGUGAUAUCGGUUAUAUUGGUACUCGAUGUGAUACAAUUGAUAGUUGUUCAUCAAAUCCAUGUAAUCAAGGCAGCUGUGUAACAUCAUCGAAUUGUCUUGAUAAUGUCUGUAGUUAUUCAUGUCUUUGUUCAAACGAUACAACAGGUAAAAAUUGUGAAAUCGAUAUCGAUCCAUGUUUGAGUAGUCCAUGCGUGAAUGGCGGGCGUUGUUUAACAUCAUUAAACAGUUAUGAAUGUCAAUGUGUACCGCCGUAUGGUGGCACUAAUUGUGAUUUAAUUGUGAAUGUAUGCAUUCCAAAUCCUUGCUUCAAUAACGGCCAUUGCAUUCGAAAUUUGACUAUACAAGAUGGUGAAUACAGAUGUGAAUGUCAAACUGAUUAUAUGGGCACACGAUGUGAAUAUUUCAAUGGUUGUAGUUCAUCUCCGUGCCAAAAUGAUGGUCAAUGUAUUUCAUCUAUCGUAAAUUGUACGUCGACAACAUGUCCAAUCAGUUGUAUUUGUUCAAAUGGUACCACUGGCGUUUAUUGUGAACAACUAGAUAUGUCUUGCUUAAAUGGCGGAACUUGUUUGACAAAUGAAACAACGGAUAUUUCAUAUUGCCAAUGUCCAGCAAAUGCAACCGGUAGUCGUUGUGAAACAAUUCAAAUAGUAUGUACAAAUACAACUUGUUCAAAUAAUGGAGUUUGCUCUAUUGAUACAUCCUCGGAUGAGAAUAGAGCCUAUUGCGUGUGUGACGAAGGUUAUACGGGAGAAAAUUGUCAAACGUCAAUAUUACCUCCUACUCAUUGUUCGCGAAAGCCUUGCGGUAAUGAUGGCACUUGUAUUCAAACAUCUGUAUCUUCGUACUAUUGUAUUUGUUCGAAUGGUCUAACAGGACAAUCAUGCAAUUCGACUGCAUUGAUUUCAUGUGCCAGUUCACCAUGUCGUCAUUUAUCAACAUGUCAAGAAAUCGACAAUACGAAUCCACCAAGUUACAAAUGUAUUUGCCCGAAUUAUUUAACAGGCGACCGAUGUCAAUAUACAAAUACUUGUCAAAAACGACCUUGUUUAAAUCAAGGUAAUUGCAUUCCAUUGGGCCCACAAAAUAAUUUUAUGUGUCUUUGUUCGCCUGGCUUUGGACAUUAUGAUUGUUCGAUAUAUUUGGGUUUAUCUUGUAAUACAAGUUUAUGUGUAAAUGAUGGUAUAUGUGAUCACAAUGGUACGAAUAUUCAAUGUAUAUGUCCAAUCAAUUUUGCUGGUCCACGUUGUGAAUGGAAUUCUGUCUGUUCUGUGAAUACAUGUCAAAAUGGUGGCACAUGUCGACAAAUAGCUCCAACAAUGGCUGAAUGUUUAUGUCAAACAGGUUUUACCGGUCCAACGUGUAAUUUAAGAGAUUCUUGUGCAAUAUCACCUUGCAAAAAUGGUGGCGGUUGUACAACAUUGCUUGUUGAUACAGGUACGGACUGGUCAGCAUAUCGUUGUGUUUGUCCACCGGGUAUCUAUGGACAAAAUUGUGAUACGGCAAUUAGCUCUUGUUCUAAUAUGAUUUGUCCACCAUACAAAAUCUGUAGUGAACAAGCAACAGGGCCUGUAUGUACAUGUCCAGCAAAUAAAGUUGGCACAUUUUGUCAAUAUAAUAACCCAUGUAAUCAAUCAUCAUCGAUCUGUCAUAAUGGUGGUACAUGUGUAUCAUCAAAUACUGACCCACCUAUAAGUUCAUGUCAUUGUCGAGAAGACUAUACAGGUACCUAUUGUGAAAUAGUAAAAGAAAUCGAUCCAUGUGCGAGUAAUCCUUGUCAAACACGUGGCCAUUGUGCAUUAUCAACGUUAAAUAAAACGUUUACAUGUUUAUGUCGAGAAAGUUUUAUUGGUGAAAGAUGUGAACGCAAUAAUCCAUGUGCAUCAUCACCCUGCUUAAACCAAGCCCUAUGUCAAUCGUAUUGGAAUCAAACACAUACAUGGUUCAAUUGCCGCUGUGUUGGAACUUAUACAGGAAAUCGAUGUGAAACAUCGUUGCUUAAUCCAUGUGGAGGAUUAUGUAUGAAUGGAAGUCCAUGUGAUAAUGGAAAAUGUGUUUGUCCAGCUCAAUAUACAGGCACAUUUUGUGGAUUUGACAAUCCAUGUUAUCAAGGAAUAUGUCGAAAUGGUGGUACUUGUUCAGUGAUUGCAAAUGCAACAAAUGUUUCAUUUACAUGCACUUGUUCGAAUUCAUAUACGGGUCAAUAUUGUGAAACAUCACUUGAUGCCCUAGCGAAUCGUGGCUGUUUAUCAGAAUGUAUGAAUGGAGGUUCAUGUAUAAAUAGUAGGUGUAUGUGUACAUCGGAAUAUGUUGGACCGUUAUGUCAAAAUGAAAAUCCGUGUAAUCAUCGAAAUCCAUGUUUGAAUAAUGGUACUUGUUUUAGUCGGUAUAAUACAAGUGGAGCGCCAUCUGCACAAUGUUCAUGUCUUCAGGAAUUUACAGGCAAUAGUUGUGAAGUAAUGCUUUGUUCGCCAGCCUUGUGUAAUGGUGGCAUCUGCACACCUACUCAAAAUAGUAUUGCUUGUAUAUGUCCAAAAGGAACAUAUGGUGAUCGAUGUCAAUAUGUAGAUAUCUGUGCAACGAAUCCAUGUGCACCCAAUGAACGAUGUGAACAAAUAGAAAAUCAAUAUCAAUGUUCGUCCUGUUACGACAAGAGUUCUUACUGUUUGAGGUAUCAACAACAUAAUGAAUUUUGUGAUAAUCGUUAUACGAUACCUAUCGACAAUGAUCUUCUUCCCGUACCUCAAGCAUGUCAACGUUCGUGUGACACGGAAUCUUCAUCAUCAAUAAAUAUGACUCUUUUUCUCGGCGAACCAGUGACAAAUCAAAAUCAAAUAUUUAACAAAGUGAUACAUGCUUCACCCACGCAAAUUAAUCAUUUUCCACUUCGAUAUGGUUCUGCAGCAGACAUACCCUACGGAGAAAGUUUCGACUUGAAAUCUAUUAUUGACUCUAAACCAAAUGUACCAUCAAAUAAUAUCAUGGCUCUAUUAAAACAGAGUUCUUCUUGCACUACCAAUAUCAAUGAACUACUAGACGAUGCUACUCGUGAUCGUGAAAAUCGCCUUAAAAUAGCAAAAAAAACUCAAGCUGAUUUUAUAGAAGCAAUGAAUCUUGAUUGA